AUGGCCUGUCUGAAACGGAAACGACACCGAGGCGGAACGGGUACAGGUACAGGUACAAACUCCAGGUCCUCCGAGGCUGCGGCGUCUCGGGCUGCUGGUGUUGGCGCCGCUACCGCUGCUGCUCCAUCAUUGGCUUCAGGUUCCCCUGUAACAACGGCGCGCCGAGCAACACGCCAGACAUCAACCGCCCCACUCCCCGUCCUUCCCGACCCGGAACCACCCCGACGACGCCGACGCCGGGACAGCAGUGGAACUGGCACUGGCCUUGCCGCCACCACCGACCGGCAGUCUUCCACGUCUCCAACCACCGCCCAUCCCCGCGACGCGCCGCGCCCGAACGGGCCGCCACCAUCACCACCACCGGCCCUCCGCGGCAAGGAAAACAUCCCGAUGCAGUCCAACUCGCACCAUGGACAUGCUCCAAUCAUCAAGACUCGUCUGACGCGUCACAUCGGCUUCGACUGUGACCCCCCUCCAGCAGCAGUGCCCACGCCGCCCAGUUCUAGUUCCAAUUCCAGCUCCAGCUCCCAUCCGCAUCCGAAUCCGCAUCCGCAUCCGCAUCCGCCGCGACCCCACGCCAGCUCCCACCCCUCCAACUCCAAUUCCUCCCAUUCCAGUCCCCGUACAAUCGCACCCGCCCGAUCAAUCAUCAUAAAGACCUCGGCAGCCCAUCAAUCGCCCCUCGCACAUCCGCACCAGGCGUCGACGGCGUCUCCCAUACGUGCUCCUGCCCCCACCCCAACUACGGCAAUCCUUCCGGGACCUGUCGCCGGAGGACAGCCACGACACGACUCGGCACGAGUUGGCCAUGGCCGCUCCGCUGCGGGGCCGGUGGUGCUCCCACACCACAGCAUAGUGGGGCAAAACAAGUCCAUCUCCAUGGCGCCCUCAGUACCACCACCGCCACAGCAUCAUCAACAACAACAGACACAGCGCUCAUCGAUUGCAAGGCCUGGCCCAAGUGGCGGUAAAUCAGACAAACCCGAGCGGGCACCCGGCGAGGGGACAGACCGUAACAUCGAUAAGGUUGUGUUGGGUAACACAUGCUUCCGGGCAUGGUACCCUUCCUACUACGGGAAGGAAGUUCUCGGUGAAGGCCCGCCUAGUGUUGGAACGAUGGUUGCCAAUGGGACACACCCUUCAAAUCAGGGGGCACAUGGACACCAUCCCCACCACCAGCCGCCUAUGCUCGACCGCCUCUACGUGUGUCCGUGUUGUUUCAAGUACUCCAAGGAGCUCGUUGCCUGGAGGAGGCAUGUCUGCUUGUGUGAGGCUCGGGGCCACAUUCCCGGAACCAAGAUAUAUGUGCACCCAAAGGGACGACGGACAGUUCUCGUACCGACAGGGCCGGCUCCCAAGCCUGGAAGGGGCAAGCGAGGAAGUAUCGGGCAGAAGAUGAUCGAGGAGGUGAUACAGGAUGAAGGGGAAUGGAGUAUUUGGAAGGUAGAUGGUGAAGAGGACAUGCUCUUCUGCCAAAACCUCUCCUUGUUUGCCAAACUUUUCCUGGACAACAAGUCGGUGUUUUUCGAUGUUAGCGGCUUCCACUACUUUUUGCUUGUGUUCACUCCGCCCGACCCCUCGACGGACCCGGCCUCAGACGUGACCGAGGUUGUCAAGCCUCGCGGCCAAGUCGUCGGCUUCUUCUCCAAAGAGAAGAUGUCCUGGGAUAACAACAACUUGGCGUGUAUCCUCAUCUUCCCACCCUGGCAGAAAAAAGGCCUGGGUGCGCUCCUCAUGGGCGUCUCGUACGAGAUCUCUCGGCGCGAAGGAGUCAUUGGCGGUCCCGAGAAGCCCAUAUCGGAACUCGGCAAAAAGGGGUACAAGCGUUUUUGGGCUGGCGAGAUAGCCCGCAACCUGGAUAGCCCCCGACGAUUGCCUAGCGGUGUGAGGGAGAUGGCCGUUGCCGAAGGCGCGGGCAGGGGACCUCCUAAGCCCAAGAUUCACCACGAACCUACCGAGGAAGAAAUGACGGGCAUCAUCCCUUCGGAACCAGCAGCGGCGGCGGCGGCAGCGGCGGCAGCAGCAGCAGCAGCAGCAUCAGCAUCAGCAGUAGUGGAGGAUGUUCCGCGGGUGCGAAUCACACUGGAAGCUGUGCAUAACUGGGUCACCCGAAACCGCAUUAGCUUGGAACGGACCUGCGAUCCUGCGGGCUUUAUCGAUGACUUUGUCAUGGAGGAGCCGUCUUCGGAGGAAGAGGGAUAG